AUGGCGUCACCGGCAAUGGCACAAGCUGUGGCGAUGCCAGAGAUCCUAGAGCGCAUCUUCAACUCCAUGGAAACAGAUCACCGAGCGUUGUUGGCAGCUGCGCGAGUGAACAAGCUGUGGUUUGAUUGCGCAACGAAUUCUUUGUGGAAACAUGCCUCCCACAACGCCCUCGCUGAUAUUCCCAAGGAUCGUCAACAGAUCUAUGCCGCCAAGAUGGAAAGAGUCAACGUUGGGUCUUUUGGAGGAAAAUUCCACAAAUUUUCCCAUGAUCUAAGCUUUGAUAAACUGAUGUUCGCGGAGAUGGGAUCCAUCCAUGCUAGCCGCCAGGGAACGGAAUUCCAUCUCCAACAAUAUCUCCGGCCAAGACUUGAAACCUUGCACUUCUACGGUGGACAGUUGGUAGGCGACAUGCAAGCUACAUGCUGGCGUCUCAAGAAAAUAUGGAUAGCCAGUCCUGGCUCUCAAGUAUCCUCUGAAAUGAUGUUCGACUUCAUUUCAGGAUGCAAGUCACUCGAGUCCGUCACCUUGAGCAAAGAAACUGGCAAUCUAACCUCAGACCAACUCCUUCACGAUCUUGCCAGCCGCCCAAACCUGACAAAACUGGGACUUGAAAGGUCUUUGGAACCUGCGCUCAUCUCAGAUAUUGCAGAGGCCUCUUCUGGUCAUCCCUUUCCCGCUCUUCGUUCGCUUAGAAUCACAAAACCUCUGCCUUCCGCUUCCGGGGUGUUGCUUGGUGAGCUGCUCCCAUCGAUUACCACCAUUGAUUUGAGCUUCCAAGACAGUCAGAAUGACAUUCUUGGCUCCAUGGCAUCGAUCCGGGACUUGCGCCAUAUAAAAUUCACAUUUGGGAAUGAGGCGAAACUUUUUCCAGGGCAGCUGUUGUCGCUCAAAUCGCAUCGCAAUCUAGAAUCACUCAAUCUCAAGCCAACCAAGGGUGGUAAAAUAGAUGCCACUGGUUUCACCGAUACUGAUUUUGGACAGCUUUCAGCCCAAUUACCGAACCUCAAAUAUCUGUGGUUCGAGGUCCAGGGCGAUUUGACCACUGCGUCGUUGGCAUCCUUGUCAAACCAAUGCCAGACGAUCGGACAAAUUGACCCACGACAAACGUUCGACUGGGAUGUGUUGUUGGUUCUGCAGGACCCUCGCUCCUUCAUUCCCGAAACGCCGAGGGAACUGAUACGGGGCGGAAUUCCAUACAAUAGCCAAGAACCUUCCAAAAUGGCCAUCAUUGCCAAGAACCGCAUGCCCACCUUCGAACUUGUGGCAUUCGAUUGGGUUCAAUAUGAUGUGUCGACGCACGAAAGCACGCCCAGGCCGUUCCCAGAAAGUCUACCUCCAAGUCUACCUCCCAGACGACGCCGACCUGUCAAGAAGCGGCAAGCAACAAGCGAAGGUCCUGUUUACUCCACGAGACGUAUCCCUGAUAAUUGCCCGCAUUGCUCUAAACACACACAAGCAUAA